UAUGGACAUGAAUCUCUGUGGACCAGAGGCCUGUCUUUAUGAAUCAAAUAUCCCCGAAGAUACUCGCUACCCUUUCUAUAUUGAAAGCAAUCUUCGCAAUUUUUUGGAAAGUCCUAUAAAUCCUGAUGAUGAUGAGGCUGUUAGUGAGCACAUGAAAAGAAUUGGAACUUUAGCAGAAUGUGCGAAACAGGCGAAAUAUUUGUGCCGCCAGAUGAUAGAUGAAGUGGAUAAUGAAAUUGACAUGAUUGAAGAUGGCGUUCACCCAGAAGUGAACAAAGUAAAACUGGAGGCUAACAAAAAGCUGAGACGGAAAGUGAAAAUCGAGAAAAAGAGCUACGAUGAAAAAGUAACUCAGUAUGAGCUGGAACACAAAAACGAAGUUGAGAAAUUGAAUAGUGAAUUAGAGAGUAGAAAGCAGACUCUUCUGACUGAGAUGUUGACUGCUCUGGAGAAGCAGAAGGAGGCGAUCGAGGCCAGACUGAAGAGCGGACACUCUGGAGGUCAAUUUCCGGAUAAUCUGAUGGCCUCCACGGGCAACAAUGACAAUUGCGGACAGGUCCUCACACGAAAGCUACGGAAAAAGGCCAACGCCGAAGCAGCAGCUUGUCACAUCUCACCCGAAAUAGUGUCGGGUUUGAACGACAUCUCAGUACCGCAUGUAGUAUCAACUAUAGCUAAAACACACGUACAGUUAGACGAAAGUAUGCACGAGGCAGCUUUAAUGACGUCAUUAGCUAAUGGAUUGCUCGAACAGGAAAAGGAGGAAGACCCGACUGCGAAGUACGAGGAGUUUGCAAGGCUGAAGGGACCUGGGAAUAGUAUCCAGUUGACAGAAAAUGGAUUUAGAGUGGAUUCGUUGUUGGCUGAAUUAGACGUGAAAUUGACAGAUGACGAGAUUUUGAAUGAUUUGAUGGCGGCAACGAAAGGAAAGUACAAGUCAACAUCGCAAAACUCAGCAAUAGCGCAUUUGAUCACUGCCACCUCAUCUUCAGCCAAAGGUAGCCAGUCUUUGCCAGAAUCAAAAGUGACCGUAAAUUCUCACCAGUCCGAAAAUUCAAGCAGUUCUGGUGGACAAAAGAGCAGCAAUGUGUACCUUGAAGACAAAAAUCUGAUUUAUAACAAUACGACAUUUUUCAAAGGGCAGCAAGUGUACAUAGAAGGCAAUACAAAAGGGCUCUGUAAUAUUUUGGGAAUAAACCAACAGGAGGUGCAAUUGAAAAAACUGAAUGAUUCGACGAAGAUCAAAAUAUCAUUGGAUAUGUUGAGGAGAGGAACAUAUAGAUUAAUUGAAAGGUAGUUGUACUCGAUUUUGUAAAUUU